CCGGAGUCUCCAGCAGGGAAACUUUUUGUACCUCCCCCUCAGCCUGCCUGCUUGGUCCCAACAGCACGUCGAUGGUCAAAAGGUUCACAUUUGGAGGCGCACAGAGGACCGGCGGCUCUCUACAAGAGCAGAGGUGAUUCGCAUUAGUCAUUAAAGAUAAUCUAAAGACUUGAUCUUCAUCAUUACUGAACAUAUACCAGGUGCCAUGGCUCAAGCUGAAGUAGUACUACUGCAGUGUGCGCUGUUUUUUUUCUACUCGAGUGUCUGUUUGUGCCAGCUUGAUUGCACUGGCACAAACUGUCCCCUGCUGGACAACUGUAUCGAAGAAGUCCUGGAGAGCGGUGCCUGUUGUGCUUCGUGCUUACAAAAAGGAUGUGCGUGCGAGGGAUACCAGUACUACGACUGCAUCAGUGCUGGGUUCAAGAAUGGCAAGGUGCCCGAGGGAGACUCCUACUUUGUUGACUAUGGUAGCACCGAGUGUUCCUGUCCUGUAGGAGGGGGCCGGAUCAGCUGCCACUUCAUCAGCUGUCCUGAUAUGCCACCAAACUGCAUCGAGGUUUCCGAGCCUGCAGAUGGCUGCAUGCAGUGCGAACGAGUUGGAUGUGUUCAUGCUGGACAAAAGUUUGAGGCUGGAUACUCCUUCCACAUUGACCCUUGCCGUGUUUGCCACUGCCCUAAUGAAGGGGGGAAGCUCAUGUGCUACCCGGUACCAGACUGUGAUCCGCAGCAAGUUCAUAAACCCAUGUUAGCUGCACCCACAGAGGAUAAUACAGUCAUCAGGCAUGAUAAUUUCCCAUACAGGUUUGAUCAACAAGGCCACACAGAUCAAUUUGCCACUCCUUAUCACCUUCCUAAUGGAAAUCUUCCUCUCUUUAAAUUGUCACCGCUUGAUAAAGAGAAACCAGAAGACUAUGAUUAUGGUCCUACAGACUUUCCAGAGACCUACCCACAGUCUUUGCUGUUUCCCACCCCAUCUUCCUCUUCCUUUAAAAAAGUUCUAUCUGUGUCCCAAGGCUCUGUCAAACCUGACCGCAUCUCUUCUCUUCAGAGCUUUGACAGGCAAGGCAAGCAGGCGCUGAGAGAACGAUAUGGAGUUCGUGACCAUCCUUCAGGCAGAGAAGAAGUGACAGAAAGUCCCCUGAGACUAGAGCAGACUACUGACAUGCCAAAUAUGCGUGCCACAUCUUCUUGGCAGUUCUCGCAGGGUCUAACAAGUUUGCAAGGUGUCCUUUUUAAUAAUUUACGUCCACAGACAGAUUUAGACGAUUCAUUGCAUGGCCACAAGAGUUUGGGUAGUGUUGUAUUUCCAUUACACAGAGAAUUAGAGAGUGAAAAACAUACUGAAUAUCCACAUGCGGGUUCAGAAAGUGCCAUUUAUCCUCAGAGAGGCACUGAAACUAAGGCACAUAACAAAAAUACAUCAGAUAGCGUGGCACCGAGGGGUUCUAUCAGUCAGACCAAUGUGAGUCUUCCACAGAGGGAUACAGAGAUCCAAUCCAGUCAAGAGAGAGGAUCAGAUACAGUACAUUUUCCACUGUACACCAUGGAAAGCUCAGAGGUUCCCAUCCAUCCUGAGGCAAAUUCAAAUGGUCCAAAAGAAACGCAGAAGCUACUCACAGUUUAUGAGAAGGAAAGGUUGAAUGAGGAAGAGAUGCAGGGGGAGAAGCAGGAAGAAAUAGUAACUUUUCAGAAUGUGUCUGGGCCUCAAGGAAAGGAUGUGCCUUACACUAUCGACACAGUGCAAGAGAGAAGCGAGGAGGACUCAGAGAGCAGCUUUCCAACCAGCAUUUAUGAAAAGACUACUUCUGAGCCCGUCACUCCUUCCCAAAGGCGGCCUGAAUCCCUGACAACACCUGUAUUCCAGUCUAUCACCACCACCCAGCCACCAAUGAGAGUUACACUGGAAGAAAGUCAGCCUGGUGGAGAGCCAAAUCAGAUGGUGAUUAACCGUCACAGUGAAGGAAGACAGGAGGAAAAGGAAGGAGUGAAAGAGAUUGAGGAAGAUCGCCCUGUUUUACUCAUCAAACCCGAGGAGGAUCCAGGUGUGUCCUCUGAAGACCUGCUGCAGACCUGCUGCACUGCUGGCCAGAGAUGGGCCUCUGAAAAUGGUCACUGCAAGAACAUGCCUCUGCUCGCUAAUGACAACGUCUCUGUUUGCAGUGUUGCACAGAAGCAGUGCUGUCUCAGCUCUGUGAAGGAAAGACAGUGUGAACUAGGCGUGACCUCAGCCAGAGGUGGAGACACCUGUGACGUGGAUGAGCGGGACUCGUGUCUAGAUGACUCCUAUCAGGUGUGCUGCAGCUGCUGUGUGCUUGGCUUACGUGUUCGCAGUGAAGGGCGAGGUUGUGAUGCCCACCAGCACCUAGGCUAUCCAUGCGGCCACAUCUUCCUCACUUGCUGCGAGGAAGGGGAUGCUCUGAGCCUGUUGAGGAGAAAGCAGAAGCCAAGACCAACUGCCCUUCCCAGGAAAGGUAUCUGUAACCCACUGCACAGUCAAUUUCCACCUGGCAAAACACGUAUGUGAUGCACUUUGCACGUGCUAGGACUUAUAUUAUGUAUAAUAAAAAACAAGCAAAGGAAGUGGCCGGUGAAAAAAUGUAGUAAUUAUGACUGAAAGUUUCAGAACCUUUGUGAACUGUUCUUUCCUGUCUCAACAAAAAUAUUCAUGUAGUGAGGUUAGUGAGGUUAGCUAUGUGCCCUUUGAUCCAUUCCAGUGCAUGGCCUACCACAUGCUCAU